AUGCCCGGGUGCAUGACAGCAGAGAUAAUAAGCUACGACUCGAGCAGAGGUGGCGUCUCGGUAGUAACGGAGAAGGGUGACAGUACGACAAGUUUUUUGCUGGUUCAACAUGCCAAGCCCUCUGACUCGGGACAAUACACUUGCAAUCCAAGCAACGCUCAACCCAAGUCGAUUACCGUUCACGUCCUCAAUGAAACAGAAACAGAUAUUUGUAGUGUGUUCCUAUGUUUCAGGAGAGUAUCCUGCGGCAAUGCAGCAUGGUGGUCAAGCGAAGCAACCACGAUUUUACUCGCUCCUCCUAUGCCUCUGUCUACUACUCUAUUAAAAUUAUUAAACUUUUGUGUUCCGGUAAAUCUUAUAAAACCAGUGCAAUACUGA